AUUUUGCAUUUCUCUCGACAUGAAGUGUAAGAUAAAUAAUAUUUUCUUAUAAAACUGGCUUUUUGAGUGCUAAGAAAGUUUCUGUCAGCAUGGAAGGUCAAGCAUAUGAAUAAGAAAACUCAUCGGUUUGCUUUAUCACAUCGAAACAAAGUUAUCAUAGCUAUGCGACGAAAUAUGAAAAGAAACAAAUUUAAAAAAGAAGAAGAAGAAAAUGGCGCAAAUAUCAGUGUUUGUUCCUGAAAGCGAUGAUGGUUUAAACAUGGGAGAUGGAACAAAAACGGAAACAACGCUCAGUUGGAUUCAUUGAUAUUUAUUCUCGUUAUUCUUGCCUUAACGAGAAAAAGAAAUCAUUUUUGUAUUAUGCCACAAAUUAUAAUGUAAUCGUUAAAACUAUUUUUAAAACGAAAACUGUGUAGGAAUUAUAUGUUUUCAAUAACGUUUUCACUGAAUGAUAUUAUUUAGGAAGCACUUCUUUAACUAAUUGUGUCUUGAGAUGAGAUAGUGUUUGAGAUUUUGAGACAGAUUUAAUUAUUUGUGUUUGUGACUUUUUUUGGAUAAUAUAUAAAUUGAUGUAAAUAGAAAUUGGGCAGAAUCUAUCUUUUUGUGGUUUCAUAUUAGUAAUCUAACAAAUCGGGAAAUAGCUGCAUUUGUAGACCUGAUGAUGAGAAAAAGUUUCAGAGCUAUUGAAAAUCAGAAAAUAGAAGUACUAGUGCAGUUACAGACCGGACGUAUUUGUGCUAUUCAAUGCCAUAAAAUUGCGGCAUUUGUGAAUUUACAGAUCAUGAAAUAACCGAAUUGGUGUACUUAAAAUGUCUGUAAACGAAGAUCGGAGAGGAUCAUUAGAACUCAGUUUAAAAAAGGUCGAAGCAGAGGAAGAACAGAAUGAAAAUGAGGACACCACUUGUGGAAUCGGGAACUUUCAUCCAUCGUGGCUUCAAAAAUUCAACACACCCAAAGCAUUUCUGGUUAACAACGGAUUUUUGGGACUUUUGAACGGUGCGACUUUUACGUAUUUCAUUGGCUGUAUAUCGACUUUGGAAAAACGUUAUUCGUUUGAGAGCAAAGUGACGGGUAUUAUUAUGAUAGGUGAAGAAAUAAGUCCUAUAUGCUUUGGAUUUCUAAUCGGUUAUUUUGGCGGUAAGUCACACAGGCCGAGGUUCAUCGCCUUAGCGUUGACGAUAGGUUUCCUCAGUGCUUUGGUGAUGGCUUCUCCGUAUUUCUUGUACGGCGCCAUACGGGAGGUGUCCAAGCUGGACCACUACAAAAAUAGGACAGAUUUCGAGCUGUGUGAUUCGGCUGAGAAGGAUUACUUUUGUGAUAAGUUUCCAACGUUAACGGCUGUGACGAUUUUCUUUAUUGGAACUUUCAUGAAAGGCUUUGCCGUCAACGCUUUCUACACAAUUGGUACGCCGUAUUUAGACGAUAAUGUUAAAAAGAAAAAUACAGCUAUGUAUUUUGCCACUUCAAUGACAAUUCAAUUACUUGGCCCUGCAUCAGGAUUUUUGCUUUCCUCUUUGUGUCUGCAAUUCUAUGAAGAUCCUUUUUAUGAUCCCGGUUAUGGCACUGAUGACCCGCGUUGGAUCGGAGCAUGGUGGCUUGGCUAUAUCAUCAUUGGAUUGCUCAUGUUGCUUUUCUCCCUACCCAUGUGGCUUUUCCCGAGAAGAUUUCCAGGAGUGAAAGUUCCAAAACCUCUCCCACAAAAGCAAGAUUCAAAAGCUAAGACUGGUAUUCUAAAAAAUAUGGGCAAUGCUAUAUUGCGACUGAUUCGAAAUCCGAUCUUGAUAUUCCAUCAGUUGGGUGGAAUAUUCCGAGUGAAUGGCGUGAUCGGAUAUUUCAUUUUGAUGCCAAAAUACAUGGAGAUGCAGUUCCAGCAGUCAGCAUCCAAAGCAAACCUCUUCUCAGGACCCAUAAGCAUCGUAGGAAUGAUGUUUGGUAUUCUCAUUGGUGGUGGCUUGGUGAGAAGAUUUAAACCUCGUCCACGAAUUCUUACAGGAGGAUUGCUUUUUGCCGAAUCCUUUGGUCUCUUGGCUCUUCUNUCCAUUUAUUCGAAUCCUCCGGAAAUAUUGUUUCUCCAUUACCUUUCCCUCGCUCGGCAUGUCAUUUUAACUAUUACAGGACCCAUAAGCAUCGUAGGAAUGAUGUUUGGUAUUCUCAUUGGUGGUGGCUUGGUGAGAAGAUUUAAACCUCGUCCACGAAUUCUUACAGGAGGAUUGCUUUUUGCCGAAUCCUUUGGUCUCUUGGCUCUUCUGAUAUCAAUGCAAAUAAACUGCCAACCCGUACAGACAGAUCAAGAAAGCUCAUUCACGAGUACGCUAAUGAAUUUAGAAAAUGACUGCAACCGUGACUGCUUAUGCACUACUAAAUCUUAUACACCCAUUUGUGGUCCAGACAAAAAGACCACUUAUUUUUCACCCUGCUAUGCCGGAUGCAACAGUUACAAUAACACCGAAGAUGAUAAAGAGGUAAAUAUAUUGCAGCAACACUCUUACAAUCAUGCCGACAAACAUGCUAGUAAUAAACAGAGCGAACUGAAACUGAAAAAAAAAAUAU